GACCGCAGGAAGUUUCAGCAGCAGCUCAGUCGCGCGCGUGUUCUCUGCGUUCGCUCCACGCGGGGAUGAAUGGCAGGCAGGCAGGGUCUUUAGGGCUUGUCACCGUCGAUUCCGCCCGUUUUACCGGGAUGAAGAGAUCACGAGAUGGAGCGUGAGCGCGCUGUGUGGACCCUGACCUCACAGUUCUCUCCAGCGGUUCCCCCCGUGCGGUUUCGGGCGAAUGGCAAACGUGAAAGUGGCGAUUCGGGUUCGGCCCCUGAACUCCAGGGAGAGUGUGGAUGGAGGGAGGAUAGCUGUACAGGUGGAGGACAAAGUGGUGAAAGUGAAAAAUGUGAAGCUGGAAGGACGAUUAGAUGGGCGAGCGGAGGCUCCGGGUGACUCCAGAGAGAGGCUGCUGGAGUUUGGAUUUGAUUACUGUUACUGGUCCGUGAACACAGAGGCGCCCAACUAUGCCUCUCAAGAAGACGUGUUCCAGGAUCUGGGUGUGUCGGUGCUGGCUGGGGCAGCUGAAGGAUACAAUAUCUGUCUGUUUGCAUACGGACAGACAGGCUCAGGGAAGACCUACACCAUGAUGGGCACUCCAAAUUCAAUGGGACUGACUCCUAGGAUCUGUCAGGGGCUUUUUCGAUCUGAUAUGGACUCUCCAGAUGGACAGAACUGUAGGGUGGAAAUAAGCUUUUUAGAGAUCUAUAAUGAGCGCGUGCGUGAUCUGCUGAGAGGGAUGGAGCAAAAGAAGCCGGCCCCUCUGCGUGUGAGGGAGCACCCAGAGAAGGGACCGUAUGUGCAGGGUCUCUCUCAGCAUGUGGUGUCAGACUACAAGCAGGCAGUAAAUCUGUUGGAGGAAGGCAUUGCGAACCGCAUCACCGCAGCCACGCAUGUUCAUGACGCCAGCAGUCGCUCGCACGCCAUCUUCAGCAUCCAGUACACACAGGCUAUUUUAGAGAAUAACCUCCCAUCUGAAAUAGUGAGCAAAAUCAACCUGGUGGACCUAGCUGGCAGUGAGAGAGCAGACCCUCACUAUUGCAGAGACCGCAUCACAGAAGGAGCCAACAUCAACAAGUCUCUGGUGACUCUGGGAAUUGUAAUAUCUGCUCUCGCCCAGAACUCUCAGAUGUGCAGCAGCAGUCAGAGCAUUAACAGCAUGUUGAGUGAGGGGGAGGGCAGCACUGUCGGCAGUCACUUCAGCUCGCUGUCCAGCAGCGUCCGCAGGCAGUGCUUCAUUCCUUACAGAGACUCUGUUCUCACCUGGCUUCUUAAAGACAGCCUGGGUGGCAACUCCAAAACCAUCAUGAUUGCAACAAUAUCACCUUCUUAUAGCAGCUAUAAUGAAACUCUUAGCACUCUCCGCUAUGCAGCUCAUGCCAGGAAUAUUGUCAACAAGCCAAGAGUCAAUGAGGACGCCAAUGUGAGGCUCAUCAGGGAGCUUCGGGAAGAGGUUGAUCGGUUGAAGAGCAUGCUGCUGAACUUCUCAAUGCAGAGGAACCCAAGCCCCUCGCUGAGUGAUGAGAGAGAGAGCAGCUUUUCUGAUAUAGUGCUACAAAAUGAACUGAAGGUGGAGCAGCUGACCAAAGACUGGUCAGAGAGUUGGCGUCACAAGCGAUCACUGCUGGAGGAGUACAGCGUGGACAUUAACCAGGACAAAGCUGGAGUUCAGAUCCACUCUCUGCUGCCACAUCUCAUCGCUAUGGAACCCGAUGUGCUGAGCACAGGAGUCAUGAUCUACCACCUCCGGGAAGGGGUCACCAGAAUUGGACCUCAUGAACAGAAUGGAGAGGAACCCCAUAUAGUUCUUCCAGAAGGUUCAAUGUGUGAAAUUGAGAAUCGGAAUGGCGUGGUCACCCUCAGACCCCUCCCAUACAGUGUAUGUGUGGUCAACGACAGAGUGGUCACAGAAAACUGUAGACUUGCACAAGGUGCCGUGAUAACAUUAGGAGGACUUCACAAAUUCCGCUUCAACCACCCUGCAGAGGCAGCGGUUCUGAGAGAAAGGAGACGGACUAGUGAAGCAGGUCUGCUCUGUGGCCCCAGUGAACUCAACUCUUUCAGACCUUACUCAAGGACGGUGGGUACUGGGUGUCAGGAGCUCAGUGAUGGGUCAGCUCCCAGACAGCGGCUAGAGGAGCAGCAGCAUUAUGUGGAGUGCCUGCAGGAGGAGAUCCAGGUGGAACAAAGACGAGCUGAGAAAGAGCUGGAAAUAGAACAGGCUCAUCUACGACAACAGUGCUCAGAGAUUGAGCAGUGGAUCUGGCAAGAAAAGCAGCGUCUUGCUGCCAUCAGGGAGAAGGGAACACUGGAGUCAGCGGUACAGACUGAUUUCUUUCCUAUGCCUGUAUUGACUGAUGCUAAUAAGAAACCUUCAGACAGAGGUGAUGAAGAAACAGUGAGAGUAAGGAAGAAGGUCGUGCAGGAGGAGCUCCUGAAACACCAUGCGCUUCGAAGGGCCGAGAGCCGAGUUCGACGCAAAAGGCUGCACUACCAGCUGGAGAGAAUUGCUCGCAAGAGACACCUGCUGGAGGCAAAGCGAGAGCUUCAGAGAUUAGAGAACGCCUUUCCUCUUGGAGUACAAGGAUCCUCAUCUCCUGAGUUGGGGUCGCCCUCAAAAUGCAGAGGCCGCCCCAUCGUCUCUCGGAGACAUUCUUUCUCUGCCGAGCUUUUGUCUCGACUUUACCCUCAGCACAUUCCCAUAUUCAGCCAGUUUCUUCGGAGGAACAGAUCAUCAGACUCCACGUCAUCUCUCUCCGGGUUUACUUACCCCAGGAAAUGGUUGUCUGAUGAAUUUCUGCCUGAUCAAAGCACUAGAACCCGCUCCAACACUAUGCCCUCAAGAUAUAGUCAUGAGACCUCAAGUAGGGUUGGAUCCACUGAGAAUCUCAUACCCUUGCAGAGGAAGAAUUUACCAUCUGGUGGAAUGACUAAACUUGAAUCAUCAAUUGACAAUCAUACAGGAAACCAUCGUAUAUCCUCAGAAUCUCCACUGGAUUCAAACAAUAAAGACAAGAGAAAAGUUCUACCGAUAAUUAAACAAUCAAGUACACAAAAAGGCUCAUCCAAGGGAGGCAAAUGUUGUGGAAGUAAAGGUCUGGAGUCAAUCCGCAAAGUACUCUCCAAAUCUGUUGGCUCUGGAAUAAAGACAGCUUUAUCAAGAGUGUUUCGGAAGCCUCCUUUAGGAUUGCGAGGUAGCAGAAGUGCUAAGUCUGCUAGCCGAGUAAAAGCUCAAUUUGUUUCGGGGAGAGAUGAAGAUAAAGAUAAAUUUGUGGGAGACAAAGACAAAACAAAUCAGAAGAAGCAACCCAUCAAAGCAACAGUGUCUUGUGAUGGUUUGGAGAGUCUUACUUUGAAAAAAGACAAGCAGCAGAGACGCUGGCAUAGUGCUGAAGCCCUGACAAAUAAAACUAAAAAAUGGGUUAGGAGACAGCAAGGGCUGACUGGAUGUGAAGAAAAUGAUGUUGAGGAAGAAACCGAUGGAUCUUCAGACUGUGACAGACAUUUCUCAAUGGACUCGCUCUCCUCAGCUUACGCCACAGCUUUGGCAGAGCAGCUUCAGCAGGAAGAGUUUGAGCCAAGCGAGGCAGAAAGCGAGGACAGUCAGAUGUCUAAGGACUCUCUUGUCAUGGAGAGCAGUGGUAAGCACAUUACUGCAAGGCCAGCAUUUGACAACAAGCCCAAUCCUGAGUUUCCGACUCAUAGUUUCCAGUCUUCGUUCAGUUCUCAAUCAAUCAUUACUAAGUUAAAAAUGGAGAAAUCCAAAGAAAUGCCUGCAGAGGCUUAUUGGAGUCUACAUAGUAGUCCUAAGCCUGGACGACUGAACAAGUCUCGAGUAGCUAAAGAGUCCUCAAGCAACUCAGAGCUCACAUUUGAAUCCAGACCUUCAAGUAACAGCAGUGUUAGGGAGCCAGAGAAUUUACUUGCCCUUACCGAUGCAUGGUCCUCCACCGAUGCAGCUGAUAGCCCACGAAGUCUCAGAGUGUCAGAGGGCUUGUUAAAACAGGCUCUACACAAACCACUAGAAAACAGAAGUAGCCAAAGCCCAACUAGCCUUGAUCUGUCUGGUACACUGAGUAUAAACGGUUCUGAAGGCCAAAAAGUAUCUCGUUCUGAUUCUACAGAAAGUCAAGGUGACAAGACACUUGAGGAACAAAGUCACAGAUCUUCUGAACUCGAAACGACCUUGGACCACUGCUGGAGUGAUUUAGACUCUACACCUUGUUCCACACAUGAACGUACCCUAUUGUACGAUAGCACCGGACUGUAUGCUAAAGGAGAGCCUUGCAACACUGAGACUAUGGAGGUCAGCCUAUUUUCAAGUGCCUCUACAGAUGACCAUGAAAAUGAUAUGUUAAACACUAAUAUUAAAGUUCCAUUAGAAAAUAAUAGUGUCAAUGUUGUGGUGGUCCAUGCUUAUUCCAAAGAUUUCAAUGAUUCUUUAAGAUGCUACCCUGAUAAAUCCAUUGAUAAGGACAUGCAGAUCACUAUAGAGAAUCAAACUGUCUCCCAUGAAGAUCAUAUUUCCUCAACUGGUGAAAGUUCCUUUAAUAAAGGGUAUGCAACACAAGAGCACUUUAAACAAUCAAAACAGGAAGGCAAAACACAGUGUGCAGAACAUUUUGGCACUUCUCAACUUGCCACUGGCAUUUCGGAAUGUGAUAGAUGUCAAACAUCUUCCAGUAGUGCUUUUCCAUCUCCGACUGUUUUAAGAAAUACUAAGAACCAAUUCUUCAUAUCCUCCAGUGAGGACCUCCAUCACUCAAAUUUGGAAACAGAAAUUUCAAGUGGGUCUCAGAGCAGCCUUGAGAACUUGGCUGGCCAUGUAGAAAAGGCUGUGACUGACAGAAAAAAUAGUAUCAAGCAGUAUCAAGAAAUGUCUGAGUUGUCCCUCUCAGAAAAAACAUACACAGAGACCAAUAAUACAAGAAAUACAGAAGAUGGCACUUUAAAAACAAGUUUAAAGUCACAGAUCCCCUUUGAAGUAACAGGAAACAGGAGUCGGGAUUGUCCUGAUGUCUCGUUAGAGGAUUUAAAAAAUCCUCAGCAAUGCAGUAAAGAAACUCUUGCUCAAAAUCAUUCUGCUGUUAUAAGAAAUAGUGAACCAGUGAAGCUUCACAGUGCUAAUGACAUCAGAGACCCAACAAGAAAAGUGGAGCUAAUAGAAAAAGAAAUAUCCAGUGGAUACAUGCGCAAAAAGGUUGUGGAAGAUUCAAAAGAAUCACCAAUGGUUAAAGACUCAAUAAAGAGCAACAGCCAAAACAGCAAUAAUUCUUCUUUCAACUGUAAAUCUGAUGACAGACCCGUGAUUACAGGCCCUGAUCAAAAUCAUCAGACCUCUUCCAGCCUUCAUGUGCAAGAAAAUGACACAGUCAUUGUGAAGGAAAUUACUGACAGUCAAAAGCUUGAUAGCCGAGAGUUUCAAAAGAUUGGUCUCGCAAUACAUGAGAAGAUCUCAGAAGUCGUGAAGGAACAUCUCAAUAUGACUUUUAACAUGGAUGAGGUUGAAGACGUCAACAGAGAACAAGAGGCUUGCAGGAAAACAAUAUCCCUAGCAAUCCCUAGCACUGAUGAUCUUGACAUGUUUGAAGGUCCAUUGAAACAUUCACCAUGUGUAGAAGCACCGUGUGUGACCAAGCCAGAGCUUCAUAUUGAUAAGAGCACCAAAGUGAAUGGGGAAAGUUACAGUCAAGGCGAAAGUUUUGUCAAAUGUUCUUCUACAGAAAAAGACAAUUUCUUACACCACCAGCAAAGUGAAUUCAUUAGUAAUGGUUCUUUUCAGUCAGUGGAUGCAUGUACUGUAGAUUGCAGUGUCCAGUGUGCUGAACCAACAGAUAAUCAUCAGCUUGAUUCCUUAAAUGCUGGCUAUCAGAAUGAUACAGUAGUCACACCUCCUCAGUCAACAGUGAUGUCUGCUCCUGAAGAUACUCAAUGUCCCAAAGCUACCAGUUAUACUAACAUUACAAAAGCUGGAAAAAUUGAUCCGUAUGUGAUGGGGGAAUCAGAUCCAGAUGCCAGAUGUCAGAAUUCCACAACUUUUACCAACACUGUAAGGGCCCAGGGCUGUGGAAUCAGGCUAGAAUCUGUCACACCGAGAUUAGAAACUCAUCCUAAAGAAAGCAAGGAAGGAAACUUUUCAGAUAUCUCUAAUUCACUAAAAGAAAGCAACGUUCUGAAGAUCAUACAUCAUGUGCAGGACUGUAUUGCCUCAGAAAUGCCUAAAGAGGUGGAUAACAAGAAAUGUCUGAAGGUCAGCAAAGGAGAUAUUACUGUUGAAUUUCAGAAGUACAUGAAAGUCAGUACUGAAUCAAAGAUUUCAAUUGAAAAGAAGAACAAAUGCUCAGUCAGAAUGCUUAAUUCAGACCUUUGUCAGGCAACUGACAAGGACAGAAUUGGAAAACACCACAUUUUAAAUCUCAAAGAUCAACCCUAUGCUGAGCAGAACACAAAUAUGUCCAGUAACACUCCUAAAAGCAGUCCUGAAGACCAAACCCCACAGACCACUAUUUCUGAAGCAAGCAAACAAGCUCUACCACACACAUCCUGUGUGUCUCUGACACAGAGCAAUGAUCAAAUUAACAAUAUACAAAAGGUCAUUAUAAAUGGUACUGUUCAUAACAAUCCUCAACCAGAAGAUCAGUCAGUCUUCAAAGGUCACCACAAGUAUAAUCCAGGCAAAUUAGAAGGACAGUCCAAGAAUAUUCAAGGUGAAGAGAUACUGAAGCCUGCAAGCCAUCUGCAAUUUCAAGAGUCCGAAUCUAUCAACAUUGACUCCACAAUCCACACUGCACUUUUGGCCAAAGGUGAAAAACAGACAGGCAUGAAAGAAGCAAAUAAACCUGACCCCAAAUCUUCAGUGACUUCUAAGAAAAGUAGUCCAUUAAAUACACACCCAAAGGACCAUAAACACAUCAAUAAAAUUGAACCCACUGAAAAGACUACUGGAGUUGAAGAUCAUACAAAACCAGUCGGCGCAAGAUUGACCUCUUGCAGUAAUAAUGAUGAGCGGCAGAGAGCAAAGCCAAAGAAAUACAGAAGAGCUCAUUUUACAGCUCCUCCAAGUUCGUCUACAGACUCGACACCUGAUUCAUCUUUCGACGAGAUUGCCAAAACCAGAGCCCAUCAGUGUAGCCCAGCCGCUCGAGCCAAACUUGCCACUGCUUUCACAAGGACAAAUGUAUUUGCUCAAAAUAGAGCAGGAACUCUAUCACUAAAUGAACAAAAUAUGUCCUUAGCUUCAGCAAUUAGUGCAAGUCUAGAAGAAUCAAAAUCUAAAAUGGAAAACUGUAGCCAGGGAGAUGGCAUUGUUGCGGAAGCUGCCAAAGAUGGCAGCUCAGAUAAAGCAAAAAUGGGCAGUAGUCUUCAAAAGAGACAGUCUAGUCUCACUGCAGAAAAAAUUCCAACUCAAGAUGGCUUGUUAAAGGACAAAGAAGAAGCACUCAGUGUAACAAGAAGGAGUUUUACAUGUUUUUCCCCUGAAACUAAGCCAGAAAUACCACAGCUACUUCAGAAUGGUUCAGUGCAAAAUAGGGAACCCACCCUGCAUUUUGCAUCGAGUGACAUCAAUCCAUUCAUAUAUGCCAGAAAAUGUGAUGACAUCUUGAAAGUUGUGCCCAAAAAUCAGAUUUUUGGAAGUGCUAUCAACAUAUCCAGCAAGCUAUCUCAGUUAGAAAGUGCUGACAAGCGCAUUACCAGAUGUUGCAGUGUGGACAAUGGUCUAAAUAACCAGAAUUCUCCUUUUAAUUCCCAUUUGAGCACUUACGCCGUCCAAAAAGGGCUUUCUAGCACAUUAAGCAGCGUUGAAGAUUCCAAAGAGCAUAUUGCUGCAGCUCCAAACUCCCAGCUGAAGGAAGUGUGUCGUACCUCCUUUGUCUCCAGCGAUAAAACCUUAGCAGACUCAAGUUGUGAAUCUUUCAACAAUACUUCAGACUUGGGCCUCAGCUCAGGCCAAGUUGAUGAAAUAGUACUAGUUUACUCUUCUGAACAAGAAACACCAGAAAGUGAAAAUCAGAAUGCAAGAAAAUGUGACCAUGGCACGCAGACGGCCCUGUGUAAUGAGGAAAUAAAGGAGAAUAGACACAGGAGAAGCAACACUCAGGAUCCUGGAACCCAAAAAAAGCAGGCACAUGGAACAUCAACCACCUGGGCAAGUCUACAGAAUAUGUCUGAACAUCUGUCAGAAUUGAUUCUCAACACAUCUGACCUUCUGGGGAACAUUCAGGGUAUGAGAACAGAGGAUCAAAGUCCCCGGAAAUAUGAGCAUCCACAAAAAAAUUGCAGUAAAGUCUUAAAGGUUUACUUAGACAAGCCUUGUAAGAGGGAUGGAAAGAAAGAUGGCUCCACUCAGACUACUGUAGAUGUUGGUAUACAGACUGAAGCUCCACUGCUAGUGAAGCCAAGUAAAGUUCUGCCUAAAAGCCCACUUACAGAGAAAAGCAAAGCUCAGGAGGUAAACGUAAUCGUCAAAGUGAUUGGCUCUGACUUUUGCAGCGAUUCAGCCAAGCAAAAUGGCAUGAAGUGCUUUCAGGAUCAGUGCGAAAAUAGACAGAGCUUUGAAACAAUUAGAAGUAUGCCUGACUUGCGUCCUGAAGGUUUGCCCACCUCUGAGCAACUAGGACGAAAGUUAGACAUUACAGCUUUAAAGAGACUUUCACUAGAGGCUGUAUCAUUAAAUCAAGACUAUUCAGACCCCUGUGCCCUAACUGACACUGUAGACCAAAUUCCUAGUAAGUUGCCAUCCAGCUGCUUUGGAGUAUGUUCUGCUCACAGCAAGUGCUCUUCUGAUUUGUUGGCAAGAAAGAACCAAGGACAUCGGACGAAACCCAAGCCAAAAAUUUGCCCUGAUAAACGGGUAUUGUUAAUGGAUCGUGCCUCUUCACCGAUUCUCACUGUGGACGUGUCAAAUUGCUCUCAGAAAGGACAGACAAUGUUGACUCAGUGCUCAUCAAAUCACAGGACAACUAAAAUGCAAACCAACAGUGAGAAACUGAGAGUCUCAAGAACUUUAAAGAAUCCCAUUGAAAGCAAACAACUUCUGUCAAGAGAAGAAAAUAAACAAUUGCAUCAAAUAAACGAAAGGAAAGGCUUUUGUGGGCAUCACAAUGAAAAGUUUCAUGAAGACACAUCAGUUUCAUCUUGUGUAUCUUGUGAAAACUUUAGUGACCUUUAUUGCAAAAAUGGAGGAGAAUCAGAUGUAUACUCCACAGAGGCCACAUCCUUAUCCGGCAGAUGCGCACAAGAUGAAAUAAAAAAGAAGUUCUUUCACAGAGUUCCCACUCGAGAAGCGAGUGCCAUUUAUGUGCAUGGUCCCCCAUCUCCUGGUCACUCUUCUUCGGUUAAACACAGGCAGCAACGGGAGGACUGUAGCCGAAAUUUAGUGCAGUCCUCAACCCCCAUCAAUCGAAGGUAUGAGAGCAGCCCACUACAACAUAACCUCAGACUCUCUCAAGAUUCACUGAAGUGCUGGAGUGAUAUGAACAAAAGCAAUCUCCAGUACCAAGACGAAGAUGUGGAGUCACUGGCUCUGAGUGAGUGCAAUACAGACCUACUGGUCAGCAUCAACCCAUUCACUGAAACCCACACCUUCAAAUCCAAAGAAGACCAGUGGAUUCCUGACGCCCUGCCAAUGCACAACAAGUUUACAAACUGGUCAGGCAUUAAUCAGCUGUCAAAAGGGUUCAAUAAUGAGUACAGUCCAACCAUGAACAAACCCCCAGAAUGUCAUAAACCAGCAGUGGAGUGUAGGGCUAAACCUGAGUUGGUAGAAAAGGCAGAUAGAAGGACGAGGGAAAUUGAGAGGUUGCGGAAAGAACGAGAGCAGGUGUUGGCCUCUGUGUCUCUUGACAUGAAUCCUCAACAGCUGAGUGUCGAGCUCACAGAGGCCAAGUUACAUUACGGCCUGGGGGAGACGGACACUCUGCUAAAGAUGCUGCAGUCCAGUCCCAAAGAGGAGCCUGCAGUCUCCACCAAGCAGCAGCUCUAUGACAGGCACAGGAGGAGCAUUGAUAAUUUGAAGAAAGAAAGACAAGUUCAACUUCAAAAUUGCCGCAGGGCUCGAAGCCUCAGCCCCAGCAAGCACCCAAACUCACCAAGUCACGAGACGGAGCAGUCUCAAAGAUGCUCAGACAGGCCAAGCCGACGACUGGAGUAUCUGCAACAGCUACGCCAAGAAGUAGUGGAGAUGAGCAGAGUCUCAGACCCAGUGAGACGAGGGAGUCAGUGUCCCUCAGAUAUUGAGUUCCUGCUGCGUGACUACAGUCGAGCGCGAGAGGAGGCCAGGACAGAGAUUGCCAGAGCGCGAGAGCGGCUUCGCGAGAGAACAGAGCAGGAGAAGAGGAGAUUACAGCAACAGGCUCUCGCACAGACUGUAAAAGACGACCUGAGGCUUCGCACACGUUUCAGCAGCAGCACCCUGUGCACUGGUUCUAAUCUCAGUCUAUCCUCUGGACCUACUUCAGGCUAUAACAGCAGCAAUGCAGCGUUACUGAAAGAUGGUACCUCUCCAUCUAUACAGAUCACUGGAGUCACAGAUGUCGGGUUGAGAGUCAGGAGUCGACCUCCCUUGAUCCCCCCGCAGAGUUUAAAGGCUCCUCGUGUGUGGCUGUCUGCUCAAGAUGUUCGUCUGGAGACGUCCUCUUCUAGAUAUGAGCCUCUGUCCUCCUCCUCGCCAUCAUCUCCCCCUCCACGGCAGCGCACCUUUUCUUUCGGCUCUCGUUCUUUGUCUCUUUCUACAUCCUACCAGGACAUCGCAGACUGCACUCUCUCCAGUGCUAUAUCUGAGGUUCAUUUAGCUUCUGGUGGAGACCUGAGGAAUCUACUUGCAGGGAAGGUUGCAGCUGGCUGGAGGUAUCAGGGCAUGGAACGAGGAGUCCAGACUUUCCACAGGCCCUGCUCAAGACCUACAGCUCAUAGCUUUCUUGGGGCAGUUGAGCUGGACAGACCCUUGGCCAGUCUGUGGAGUUUAAUCCGAGACCACUCCAAGACUCAUCUCUACAACGAGUCUCUGAAGACUGCCUGGACUCGACCGCUGGACAGCAGCACACAAUUAGUCUACCUGUUGACGGAUCCGUCCAAAUGUCAGCUAAAACAGCCGCGGGAUUUCUGUUGCCUGAGCACUGAGUCCAAACAGGAUGAUAUGUGGGUGCUGGCUAUGCAGUCUGUGUUUGAGGAGUCUCUCCCUCGCCCCAGUGUGGACGCUGUACGAGGAGAGAUGCUUCCCAGUGCCUGGAUUCUUCAGCCCAGCCAGCAUCAGGGUCGAGAGAUGGUCAAAGUUAUCUAUCUACUACAGGUGGAUCUGGGCAGUCCGUCCCUGCCUCAGAGGCUGCUGAGCACAGUGGCUAGGAAACAGGCUGCCGUAAUCGCAGACCUUGAUUCUUCUUUCUCCUUCUCUUGACCUGUCAUGUGUCAUACAGCAUUGAGCACUUAUUCUAAAGGUCUAUUCUGAAGCAAACUUGCACCUCUUUUUAUUUGACAUUUUUUUUAUACAUUUUUCUUAUUCUUUCCACAGAGCACUGAAGGCAUAUCUAUGUGAAUUUAUUUUGAUAUUUUUUAUGCUUUUUAAAGGUGCUUCCUUGUGCCAAAGUCUGGACAGGAGUUUUUAUGCUUGUCACAAGUGCCCUGAAGCUUCAUUUGUUCUCAUAUGUAACUGAUGAAAAUUACUUGACAUUAAUAACUGUGUACAUAGCUCUGCAUAUCAUAAUUAGUGAUAAUGAGUAUGUGGAUCAUCCGUCCAGUAUUCCGUAGGUGCGUAGCAUAAUAAUGUGAUGAAGCUAGUUUUACUGAGUAUCUAAAUUAGAGCUCAAAUUUUUGAAACUUGAAUUUAAUAGAAAUUGCAAUAAAAAAACACAUUUUUAUUGUAUCGGAAUGUAAAAUAUGCAGUUUAGUGCUGCUGCAUAACAUGCACAGUGCAUGAUUUAUCAUUAGAGAUGUUCUUAUGAAGUGUUGAAGCAGAUUAAAAACCUGUAUGACGAAAGGUUUAUGAUUCAUAUUUAGUAACAUUUUCCAAGUGAUCAAACUGUCAUUACAACACACAAGUAAAUUGAGUCUUUUGUUCUUUUGUACAUUUUUUUUUAUUCUAUUAUUAUUAUUAUUUUUACAUUUUUCCUUAGUAUAAUACACAGUCUAAUGGGCACAAUGAUCAAAUUCUAUUAGUUUUUUCGAUUUUCUAAGUGAGAAUAUCUUCCUACACAGAACUCACUUACACAUGUUCUGCAUCUUAAUUACAGUUCAAAACAAUAUGUAUAUGUUACAUGUUCAUUUUUAAUAAUAAAUAAUAGUAGUAUAGGUUUUUUUUUUUCCUUUUUCAGUAAGAAAAUAAAUUACAGGUAAAUGUGUAAUUUGACUAGCACAAUCAAACUGUUGCUUAAGACUGUACACGUUGUUGUGGUUCUAAGCAUUGUAAAGACAGUUUUCUAAAAUAUCUGUUUAUUUUCUUUUUUUUUAUUGUAAUUUUGUUUCUUUUCCGCAAUUCAUCAACUGUCAUAGAAUUUUGAUAUUUUUUGUUUUGUUGAUUAAUUUUCUUAUAGUUUACAAGCUACACAUGUUUGUUACUUUUUUUCUACAUUUAAAAAGAAAACAAUGUAUGUAAUGAAAAAUAUGUGAGCAAAAUGCAUUUAUAAAAAAAAAUCAGAAUACCAAAACAAAUAGAAAAUAGGAAAAUGAACCUGAAACUGUAAUUAUGGUAAGUGGAUAUUUAUAUUUCUUGCCUUAUUUGACCAACUUCCUGCACUAAAGCAUAUGAUUCUGAGAGUUUAAUAGUAAGAACAACUUUAUACACUAUUUCCAUGGUUGUUGUUCAUUUGAUGGCAUUUUCUGUAUUUUUGUACUUUUUUCUCUCUGUUUAUGAAGAAUAUGCAAUGUAUUGUUAUAAGCUUACCUCCGACAAGGAAACUGUAACCCUGAACAAAACGUAAUUCAUAACAUUGUAUGCAUAGCAAAUGUUACUGUUACAUCUGAUAAACACUGCACUUUCACUCUUAGUAAUUAAUAUUAGACCCACAUUCCACACAAUAGCCUGCAAGCCCAGGUUGCUCCAGGACAGUCAGCUGCAUAGAUCUGAACACUGCAACUUGCUUUGGGCCACUAUGUCAGCAAAAUGACAAAAAUGUAAAUGUCAGUGGAUAUGCAGUUCUACAGAAAUAGAAUCAGCCCUUGGGGUUUACAGAGAGGUUUAUUUUUCUUCCCCCAAAACAAGAGGGUUUGAAACUCUUAGUCAGAAUGUAUAACUAAGUCUUGUUAUUUAUUCGAAUCAUUAGAAGGAUCAAAAUGCCUUGAAGUAGCUUCUUUUUAUUACAGUGGAAGAGCUGAUUCACACUUUUAGUGGUCAGCAUAUUCAGAUUAGACAACUGUCUACAGUAAUGGUAAAUACACUACAGCUUUGUACAUAUUAUUAUAGUCAAAGCUAUGACUUGCUUCACCACUAAGCUUGUUUUAAGCACUGUAUAGGACUAGUACCACGGUUCUGUUUGAAGCCCAGGAUGAUGAAGGACCUGAAGCAUUCUGCUUCUCCUAAAACACAAAGAAUUAUAUAUACAUAUCUUAAUUGUUAUGUGUGUUUUCUGUUAUGCUAUGAUAUAUAAUCCCUUCUAUUUAAAUGUAAAGUAAUUCAUAUGUUUAUUUUUUGUUGUUACCUUUUCUUGUGGUUGGUUUAAUUGUUUUUAUACUUUUGUAGAAGGAACAAUCUUUCACUGACAUUUAAUUUAUAAGCAAAAGCAUUAUUUUCUUAAAUAUAUUUGACAUUUUCAAAAAAACUUGUUUUU